CGGCAGUGAAGGCGUCUGUUUUUAUACGGAAUAACCCUUUAAGAAGCUCUGAGGCUGACAGGGUGACGGAGCGCUCUGGUGGAUUUCAGGCAGGAAACGGUUGCAGCAGUCAGAGACGGCUGGUUUGAAGAAACCACGUGAUGAAGCGAACUUCCUCUUCCAGUCCAGUCUUCAGUUUGACUGAUCAGCGGCGCAGAGAUGGCGGGUACGAGGUAAGGUCACAUCUGAUGGUGGGUGUCUGUCUGCAUCUCCUCUGACCUGCAGGUCUGAGGAUGGAGGAGACCCUGAAAUAAGAUCUUUGAUAUUUGGAGCCUCAGAGAUCAGGCCGAGGUUCUCCUGCAGCGAGGAGCUGAUUUCAGGCUCUUUGACGGAAGUGAAGCUGCUCUGAGGACGCUGCUGCGUAUUUCCUGUGACUGAAGCGUCGCGGGUUUGAGAUCCGUGAUGGCAGCUGAGAAAUGUGGUUUUUAUCUCAGUGUCUGCAGAGGCUGAGAGCAGCAGCUCCUCUGUUCCUCCUCUUCACUGAGAAGAAACUCAGUUUGAUGAUUUUUUGUGUUUCUGUGUUUUUGUGUUUCUGUGUUCAGCACUCUGAGACGGCUCGGUUGUUUUUAAAGUUCUUGAUAAAUCUAAAGUUGAACCUCCUUCGUAUCUUCAGCAGGUCCACUGAGGAGCCGUCUGAACAUGUCCGCUCUGUAAAUCAACCGGACCUGGUUCUGGUUCUGGGUUUGUCAGUUUUAAAUCUCCAUCCUGUGAUUUUGGUCUGCAGCUGUGACACCCCCCCCCCUGUUGUUGACUGACAGAGGGAUGAAUUGUGUAACCGCAGUGAAGCAAUCAGAAACAGGAACCUUAAAGACCGAGUCUGACGGUUUCAGCAGAGACCGGCUCCUUCACGGCUCACAGGAUCAGGUCCUGGGUGGUUCAGGUCCAGAGAGUCCAAAACAAAACAGAUGUAAAUGGUUUUGUUUCAGUCAGGGGGGCGGUCUGGAUUUAUUCAGGUCUUUAUUUCUGAGCCUCAUCAGAGCCGACGGUUAGUGGACCCGGAAACAGGGGGGGGGGGGGGCGCUGAGAUCGUCACGGCGGCGAGAGAGAGCGAGCUUUAACAUCGCUCUGAGAGACAAAAAACAGUCAGCUGAUUAAAGGUUAUUGAUUAUGUCCUGAUACUGUGAGGGCAUCACUGCAGCUGCAUGAAUGAAUGACAGCUCUGACCCACCAAUGAGAGGCUGCCAAUCAUCCGCUGUGGGCGGGACAUCAAACUCUGAACUGAGAGGAUGAAACAAACGGACCUUCAAAGAUCUUUAAAAACCGUCUCUGCAGGUUCUGAUCCGUUCAGACUGUCUGUUUGACUUUAGUUCAGGACCUUCUGACCUUCUGAUCUUUUACUCCAGAACUCUUAUUCUGAUGUUUGAGGAACACCUGUGCUCUGAGGUUCAUGACCUCUGGAUAUUUAGCUGUUUAAAUGUUAACCUUCCUGUUUGAGGAGACUUCAGCCUCGCUUUGUUGACUCUGUCCGUCCUUCUGUCCCGGUCACCUGUCUCUCAGCCCGAGGGGUUAACUCAGGAGCAGGAAGGUCAGACUCACCUGAACAAACGUAGGAACUAGGGAGGGUGUGGUCUAUCCUCAGGGUCUAUCCUCAGGGUCUAUCCUCAGGGUCUAUCUGGUUCUGAAAACCAGAGCAGACAGAGUUCGGGUUAAAAUGGAUCAGUUCACAGUUUCUCUUCUGCAGAGCCUCACCCUCAAUCAGAGACAUUCAGCGAAACAGGAAAACUCGUUUCUUAAUUAUAUUUAUUUAAUAUUUAUUUAUUAUUUAUAUUCUUAUUGAUAUUCUUAUUUGAUGACGACGAUCAUGAUAGUGAUGAUGAAAUUAGUGAUAAUAAUAAUGAUAACAGUCGUGGUGAUGGAGCCUUCGAUUUUGAUGGUAAUGGUGAUGAUGAUGAAGAUGAGGAUGAUGAUGAUGAUGAUGAUGAUGUCCUAUCAGAGUUAAUCUUCUGUCUGUCCUCUUACUGAGCUGUUGUCCCCUGAUACAGUGGAGGGACAUGACAUCUUCACUCUCUUUAGAACAGUUUAGAACUCUUAAGAACUCUUUAGAACUCUUUAGAACAGUCAGAACUCUUUAGAACUCUUUAAAACAGUCAGAACUCUAUAGAACUCUUUAAAACAGUCAGAACUCUAUAGAACUCUUUUAAACUGUCAGAACUCUUUAGAACUCUUUUAAACAGUUGGAACUCUUUCGAACUCUUUUAAACAGUUAGAAUUCUUUAGAACUCUUUAGAACAGGCAGAACUCUUUAGAACUCUUUAGAACUCUUUUAAACAGUUAGAACUCUUUAGAACAGUCAGAACUCUUUAGAACUCUUUUAAACAGUUAGAUCUCUUUAGAACUCCUUAGAACAGUUAGAACUCUUUAGAACUCUUUUAAACAGUUAGAACUCUUUAGAACUCUUUUAAACAGUCAGAACUCUUUAGAACUCUUUUAAACAGUCAGAACUCUUUAGAACUCUUUAGAACAGUCAGAACUUUUUAGAACUCUUUAGAACUCUUUAGAUCUCUUGAGAACUCUUUAGAACAGUUAGAACUCUUUAGAACUCUUUUAAACAGUUAGAACUCUUUAGAACAGUCAGAACUCUUUUAAACAGUCAGAACUCUUUAGAACUCUUUUAAACAGUUAGAACUCUUUAGAACUCUUUAGAACUCUUUUAAACAGUUAGAACUCUUUAGAACAGUCAGAACUCUUUUAAACAGUCAGAACUCUUUAGAACUCUUUUAAACAGUUAGAACUCUUUAGAACAGUCAGAACUCUUUUAAACAGUCAGAACUCUUUAGAACUCUUUUAAACAGUUAGAACUCUUUAGAACUCUUUAGAACUCUUUUAAACAGUCAGAACUCUUUAGAACUCUUUAGAACUCUUUUAAACAGUCAGAACUCUUUAGAACUCUUUUAAACAGUCAGAACUCUUUAGAACUCUUUUAAACAGUCAGAACUCUAUAGAACUCUUUAGAACUCUUUUAAACAGUUAGAUCUCUUUAGAACUCUUUAGAACUCUUUUAAACAGUCAGAACUCUAUAGAACUCUUUAGAACUCUCCCAGAUGUUUCUUUGACCCUGUCUCUGUCUUUUGAUGAAGACGAUGUUGUCCUUUUUCGUCCUCAGAAUCACCAACAAACAGCUGACUGUGAUUCAGCCUCUUCAGCCUCCAGCAGCUACAGACACUGUGCAGAAACGGGUCAAGAGCUCCCAGAACACCACAGACCGACUCAGUCAGUCCAAGUCCAUGGUCCUGCAGGACGCCGACCUGCCCCAGAAACCAGUACGAACACACAACACAGCAGAGAGACACACUACAGACACACACUAAGGACACACACUACAGACACACACACUACAGACACACACUACAGACACACACUAAAGACACACACACACUACAGACACACACUACAGACACACACUACAGACACAUGCUACAGACACACACACUACAAAGACACACACAGACUACAGACACACACAGACUACAGACUACAGACACACACUACAGAGACACAAAGACUACAGACACACACAGACUACAGACACACACUACAGAGAUACACAGACUACAGACACACAGACUACAGACACACACACUACAGACACAGACUACAGACACACAUCCAGGGACAGAGUUUGUCUGUGAAGUUUGUUGUUUUGAGUGUUUUUGUUAACUGACCUUCCCUGAGAGAGGCUGCCAUCUUUGUUCUGACAUACUGACCAAUCAGAGGCCUUUAACUGUGAUGGACUGACCUGUUAAGGUCCAAUGAGAGGCCAGGGUGGCUCACGGUCCGCUCUAGCACAGAAAUAUAAACAGUAGAUCUGUUUGUAGAUCUGAGUUACUCCUUCAGCUCAUUCUGGUGUCAGUAGAUCUGCGCUCUGCUUCAUUUACUCACGUGAUCAAUUUCAUCUAAAAGUGAAAAUAUGAAUUUAAGACCUGAAACUGCGGACUGGUAACCAUGGUAACCUGCUCCACCUCCAUCACACUCUGGUCUUAAACUCCACCUUCUGUUUCUAGAUCUCUCGGCAUCGCAGGAAUCAGUCUCAACACAAUGUGGCGGUCUCAGGGGGCGGGGCUUCUGUUCUGAAACCGCUGGUAGGUUCAUACAAGCAUGAUCAAUAUCAUAAUAUCGAUCAAUGACAUCAGAGCAAAUUAACUCAAAUGAUUCAGACAAACUAAGAAACAUCGUUUCUUCACCGUGAAAUAAUAAUAAAAAUCAGGAUAAUCAAUCAAAGAUCAGCGAUCAAUUUUAUUUUAAUUUAAUUUAAUUUAAUUUUAAUUAUUUAAACAAAGAAACUCAGUCAGUGAAACUGGAGACGUUUCUACCAGUCAGUGAGAGAAAGAGAGAGAGAGAGAGAGAGAGAGAGAGAGAGAGAGAGGCAACAACUAGAUUAAAGUGUGUGUGUGUGUGUGUGCUUGUGUGUGUGUGUGUGUGUAUUACCAGGUGCAGCUGAAAGGUGAACACCUGAACGUGGCGAAGAUCUCUGAGGGCGGGAAGAAGCAGAAGAAGAACUGGACUCAGAUGUGGAGCGUGUUGACCUCCGACCAGCUGCUGCUGUAUAAAGAGAAACAGGCGGAAAGCAGUCAGGUAACAGAAACAGUCAGGUAACAAAAGCAGUCAGUUUACAAAAACAGUCAGGUAAAAAAAACAGUCAGGUAACAGAAACAGUCAGGUAACAGAAACAGUCAGUUUACAAAAACAGUCAGGUAACAGAAACAGUCAGGUAACAGAAACAGUCAGGUAAAAACAGUCAGGUAACAAAAACAGUCAGGUAACAGAAACUCCAUCAUGUGUUUUAUUCAUCUUUCUGUGUCCCUCUGUUGUCUCUCUCUGUUGUCUCUCUCUCUCUCUCUCUUUUGUCUGAACUGAAUAUUUCAUUCAUCUCUUUGCGCUGCUGUCCACCUUCACUGUGUCCAGAAAACAGGAAGUAAGACAGACGUGGUCGCUCUGUGUGGAGCUGUGAUCAUGUGGACGUCAGAGAAGUCCAGCAAGAAAAACGUCUUUCAGGUAAAAAUGAGACGAGAGUUUACGGCGUCAUUAAAGGGUUAACGGUUUUCACUGACCUCAGAUUUACUCACUGACAUAUGAAUGUUACUCAUGUUUACUGAAGUAUUUAUUAUUAUUAUUUAUGUUUACUGCAGUAUUUAUUAUUAUUAUUUAUGUUUUACUGCAGUAUUGGAUGUAUUGUUUGUUUUACUGCAGUAUUUAUUAUUAUUUAUGUUUUACUGCAGUAUUGGAUGUAUUGUUUGUUUUACUGCAGUAUUUAUUAUUAUUAUUUGUUUUACUGCAGUAUUUAUUAUUAUUAUUUAUGUUUUACUGCAGUAUUUAUUAUUAUUAUUCAUGUUUUACUGCAGUAUUUGUUAUUAUUUUUCAUGUUUUACUGCAGUAUUUAUUAUUAUUUAUGUUUUACUGCAGUAUUUAUUAUUAUUAUUUAUGUUUUACUGCAGUAUUUGUUAUUAUUUUUCAUGUUUUACUGCAGUAUUUAUUAUUAUUUAUGUUUUACUGCAGUAUUUGUUGUAUUUUUACUGCUUUAGUCGUUUUGUUCUGACCGUCAUGUUCAUAAAGUUUCACUGAAUUGAAUCGUGAUGAAAAUCGUGUUUUCACGAUGUUGUCGUCCUUCUCGCUGUUUCUGACGUUUUUUAAAUCUGAAUCCUGAUCAGAUCACCACAAACACAGGAAGUGAGUACCUUCUCCAGACCGACAGUUACUCCACCGCCGUUCAGUGGUUCGACGCCAUCAGGAGGAGCGUGGACGCUUCGGUGAGACGCUCUUUAUCCGAUAAUCGGAUUUUUUUAACCUUGAAAAAUAAAAAAACGUUUAUUUGAAAUGAAACCGACUUUUGUUCAGACCAGAGCAGACGGAGGGUUUCCUCUGCGCAGAUCCAACAGCUCAGAUUACCUGCCCAGACACAGCUCCUUACCUGGACAUGGCUCCGCCCCCUCCAGCAGCAAGCAGCCCAACGCCGCGCACAGACGCUCCAUCAGUGAGUGACGCAGGCCGACCAACACAAUCACAACAAUAAUGAUAAUUAUCAUUAUUACUAAAUUAUUGAUCAUUAGUUCAAUACUGGGCAGCUAAAGGAAACGGGUCACAUGACUGACUGCCAUGAAUCCGCCCAGUGACGGGUCAAAGGUGAUGGGGGGACGUUGGACUCGUGUCUGACAGCGUCAUGACGGGAGUGUGUCGAGAAGUGACGAAAAUAAAAGUUCGUCUGUUUCUUGAUGUUUCCUGCAGACAUGUUCGGCAGCUCCAAACUCAAGCACAGCACGUCGGACAGCGCCGACAAAAACGGCGUGAAGAGCCGCCUGAAAAAGUUCAUCAUCAGACGCCCGUCCAUGAAGACGCUGCAGGAAAAAGGCCUCAUCAAAGGUUCCUGCUGGUCCUUUCAAAAUAAAACUACAGUUACUCUCUUUACUGUCGUCUUAAUAAAGAGUCACAGAUAAACACCGAUGUGUGACGUUUUCAAUAAUCGAUCAAUCAAACUGAUCAAACCUGAAAAUCUCCUCAGAUCGAGUUUUCGGCUGUCAGCUGUCCACGCUCUGCCAACGGGAGGGAAACAGCGUGCCCAGGUUCGUCCAGAUCUGCGUGGACGCCGUGGACAAGAGAGGUACGACCUGAGCCAGUCAAUCAAUCAAUCAAUUAAUCAAUCAAGUGAUUAUGAAAUUGUAAUUGGAUGUGUGUUUGGGGGGCGGAGUCUGUAUUUUUUCUGACGUUUGUGUGUUUCUCGGGGGCGGGGUCUGUGUUGGUUCAGGUCUGGAGGUGGACGGGAUCUACAGGGUCAGCGGGAAUCUGGCUGUGAUCCAGAAACUUCGCUUCAUGGUGGAUCAGGGUGGGUUCACAGAAACUGAUCACCUGAUCCAUCAGCUGAUACACCUGGUCCUGAUGAGGAGGGUCACACCUGUGUCAGUCCUUCACAGACCUUGGUGACCAGGAAGUGGAAAAAACCCUCAUCACUAAAGUCCGACUGAGUCCUGUUUUUAUUGAUCCAGGGUUCGAUGAUCUUCUCCUGAAUGACUGAGACUCAGUGAUGAGCAGCUGAGGCUGUGAUCAUGUGAUCGUCUGUUUGAAUAAUUAUCUUUAUUUUACCGUCUAAACGGUGAAAAACAAGCAGAGGACUCGAACCCCCGAUCUCAGCACAGAUUAACCCAUGAGUCGUACCGUCACAGAUCUACAGCCGAGUCUCAACGGACUUUAGUCUGAAAGUCGGGACAAAUUUCCCCGAAAGAAAGCGAUUCAGAAAUCACAUCAGACUGUAAACAGCUGAAAGAAACAGCCUCUGAACACGGACCUCAAACAGGCCGAGUGGACCCUCUUUAACACUGAGGAUGCAGCAUCUAGGAUUUCUGGAUCUUUGUUGAAAGAACAACUGGACUUACUUGAGACUCACGUAAGUCCAGUUGUUCUUUCCAAAAGAGUUUUAGAUUUUGAUCCAUCAGACCUCAGGACAGUUCAGGGACACGUGAUAUCACUCCGUGUUUCAGGAGGAUCGUAUUUCACACCAUGCAAACGGGCGGAGACGAACAAGUGAAAGGUUUUUAGACGUCAUUUCACCUCGAUGACACCAUGGAUGAGGAGAUGCUGAUUCUAGAAGUCUAGAAGUAGAUUUCCUCCUCUGGAAGGACACAAUCUACUGCUUAUAUGUCUAUGUGUCUGUCGUUAUAGAGACAACUCGUUAUCGUGAGAUUGAACGUAAAUCUGCGGGUUCUUGGGAGUUCUCUUGAUUCCUGCUGUCUUUAAUCCGCCACAAAAUUCGCCUCACAAACAGAUCGUAGGAAUUGGUGGACGGCUAAAAUCGCUAUUGUUCCGGCUGGCUCCUGGCUGGCUCGCCACUUAUAUAGAAGAUUUCAUAGAUGCAAAGGUGCGUGCGAACGGGCGGAGACGAACAAGUGAAAGGCACAAACGGAUCUGGUAGGAAUUGGCGGUCUGUGAAAAUUGGAGCCGUUCUGGAUGUGGUGGAAAUCCCGGGUUCUCCUUGUCCUGACCUGCGCUCAGACUCUCUAUAUCACCUGUUUCUAUGAUUUAAUGACUCACCUGUGUACGUCUGUCCCCCCAGAGGAGCACCUGGACCUGGAUCACAGUCAGUGGGAGGACAUCCACGUGGUCACCGGAGCCCUCAAGAUGUUUUUCCGUGAGCUUCCUGAGCCGCUGUUCCCCUUCAGGUUCUUCCAGCCGUUCGUGGACGCCAUCAGUGAGUCCGACUGUUUACAAAAACAAAAACCUCGAAUUACAGGACACCAUCACCUUCAGUGAGGAGCUACACCUGAGCUACACCCAGGCAGUUCAGUCAGGAUACUGACCUGCAUUAGGCGAGGGCUGAGGAGGUGAGGCAGGCAGACCAUCAGCAAAGACCGUGAGGUUCAGAGCAGCAUCAGUGAGCGUCCAUCUGACCCGAGUAAAGCCGAGUCAGCAUGAAGAAAAGGUGGAGCAGAGGUGGAGCAGAGGUGGAGCAGGGAGAGCAUCAGCUAAGGGGUUUACUGAGGACAGGCUGAAGAAUAGAAACCAGAACAUCUAGACUUUACUCUGAACUCAGACACACAUUUAAGACACGAUGGUAUGACCGACAUGAACUCUGACUUUAACAGUUUCACACGUUUGUUUGUUUCCCUGAAAAUCUUUUUACUCCAGAAAUCAAAGAGUCCAAACAGAAAGUUCAGGCUGUGAAGAAACUGAUCCUGGAGCUGCCCAAACCCAACAAGGACACUAUGAAGCUGCUCUUCAGUCACCUGCACAGGUAACACCCACCUUCACCGUCUGACCCACCUUCAGCGUCUGAACCACCUUCAGCGUCUGAACCACCUUCACCGUCUGAACCACCUUCAGCGUCUGAACCACCUUCACCGUUUAUCAAAUUUGAACAUGAACUCAUUUUGACCUGAAGUGUCUUAGCUGAGGUCUUAUCGUCUCUUUUCCCGUCUCCUCUGGUCUUCAGGGUUUUGGCGUUUUCCAGGAAGAACCUCAUGUCCACUCAGGGUAUCGGCAUCGUCUUCGGCCCGACGCUGAUGUGGGCGGAGCAGGAUGCAGGAAACAUGGCCGUCAACAUGGUCUACCAGAACCAGAUCAUCGAGUUCAUCCUGACAGAGAGCCAGGAAAUCUUCAACCUGUGAUCACCUGCUGGACUCGUCCUCACAGGGUCAAACUAGCCCUCUAAACACGUUCUCCUUCCUCACCUGGUGACUCCAUGAACACCUGCUGUGAGCCGCACUGUAAAAAACAAACUGAAGCUUUAUGAUGUAAUAAAGUCUGAAGAACGUUCACAAUCGUUUCAGUCACGACAAACGUCCAGAUCUCUUUCUGUCUCACAGAUCCUGAUCAGGCCUUCAGACCGGAUCAGGAUCUGCUCAGUCCUCGGCCUGUCUGCUGUGUCCGAUCAGACAUAGAUGUCCCUCUGCCUCCAAUCAAACAUAGAUGUCCCUCUACCUCUGAUCAAACAUAGAUGUCCCUCUACCUCCGAUCAGACAUAGAUGUCCCUCUGCCUCUGAUCAAACAUAGAUGUCCCUCUGCCUCUGGACAGACAUAGAUGUCCCUCUGCUGCCAAUCAAACAUAGAUGUCCCUCUGCCUCCGGACAGACAUAGAUGUCCCUCUACCUCUGAUCAGACAUAGAUGUCCCUCUACCUCUGAUCAAACAUAGAUGUCCCUCUACCUCCGAUCAAACAUAGAUGUCCCUCUACCGCUGAUCAAACAUAGAUGUCCCUCUGCCUCUGAUCAAACAUAGAUGUCCCUCUGCCUCCGAUCAAACAUAGAUGUCCCUCUGUCUCCGAUCAAACAUAGAUGUCCCUCUGCCUCCGGACAGACAUAGAUGUCCCUCUGCCUCUGAUCAAACAUAGAUGUCCCUCUGCCUCCGAUCAAACAUAGAUGUCCCUCUACCUCUGAUCAAACAUAGAUGUCCCUCUACCUCCGAUCAGACAUAGAUGUCCCUCUGCCUCUGAUCAAACAUAGAUGUCCCUCUACCUCUGAUCAAACAUAGAUGUCCCUCUACCUCCGAUCAGACAUAGAUGUCCCUCUGCCUCUGAUCAAACAUAGAUGUCCCUCUGCCUCCGGACAGACAUAGAUGUCCCUCUACCUCUGAUCAGACAUAGAUGUCCCUCUGCCUCUGAUCAAACAUAGAUGUCCCUCUACCUCCGAUCAAACAUAGAUGUCCCUCUACCGCUGAUCAAACAUAGAUGUCCCUCUGCCUCUGAUCAAACAUAGAUGUCCCUCUGCCUCCGAUCAAACAUAGAUGUCCCUCUGUCUCCGAUCAAACAUAGAUGUCCCUCUGCCUCCGGACAGACAUAGAUGUCCCUCUGCCUCUGAUCAAACAUAGAUGUCCCUCUGCCUCCGAUCAAACAUAGAUGUCCCUCUGUCUCCGAUCAAACAUAGAUGUCCCUCUGCCUCCGGACAGACAUAGAUGUCCCUCUGCCUCCGAUCAAACAUAGAUGUCCCUCUGUCGUGUGUCCUGGUCAAGGAGGCAGGGGGUCAGCUGAUAAGGUCACCCUGUCACCUGCAUGAUGUUGU